GUCGGCAUAAUUCCAACGUUGCGUUGACAGUUGAAUCAAGCGAUUUCCCGGCGUUUCGAACGAUAGAAACGGAUGGCAGGAGUCGUGCCGAUGUCCGGAAGAUCUGGAAGAAAGCAGUGGACCCUCCACGAUGGUCCACGAGGUUCUCUUCGAAGAUUACGCUCUCAGUUGGCAGAGGAUGGAUGUCCCGAAUCCCAAGUUGUUCUCGCUAAGCAACUCUUGGAGGAACGCUGCGAAUUGGACGUCGACAAAGAGGAGAAUGCAAAAUUGGGGGUUUAUUGGCUCACCAAAGCUUCAGAACAAGGAAACUUGGAAGCUACGGAUAUUCUGAGGAAAUGUUUGGCGACAGGCAGGGGCAUCACAGAGCACAAUUAUUACGAUGUUAAAAGUUGUCUGGAUAUGUCGCAGGACGAAAAACUCGCUAGAAGGGCAGCUAGGGAAAUGUUUACCAGUUUAUCCAAUGGCGAGGAAUUUAUCACUACAGAACAACUGCAAAGAAGAAUGCGAGAUGUAGCCUUUCCCCCAACAAACAGAGCAAGCUGUUCCAGUUCUAACGAAUCAUCAUUCAACAAUGUACAAAAAUCGCUGGCGGACAGCUUUGGCGAUGCGUCUUCAAGGGAUGAAUUUCUGGAUGAUCCUUUGCCAGUCAAAGAAGGGGAAAAAUCCUCGGAUUCAAUGCCAGGUUCCUAUUGGUCUGAGCAUCAAGGAGAGAAGAUAAGCGAAGCAGCGUUGGUCUCAGCCGCUGCGAGUUAUGCUCGUGGAUCGCUUCCAAUUGUUUCUCGUGUUAUAUGUCUGGUCGAACCUUCACAAAUAGCUUUGGAUACGAUUCCGUUACUCCAAAGACCUCUGUUGCAUCCGUUGGCUUCGCUUAAGAGGCUUUACAUAUGGCUAGUUCAGUUACUCGGUCGCAGAGGAACUCCAAUAUUCAAGAAGAUAUUCUUCACUUCCAACAUUCACACACUGUUGUUACUUCUGCUUUAUUCCUUGUUUGGUACUGAAAGCUUGAUACUUUUUAUACCCAUGACACUGUACUAUUUAUCAUUUGUCGUUAUGGUCGUGGCGACAUUUCAAAUGUUGCAGACAAAACGAGAGUUGACUGAUUUCCGAAUCUGGUCAGGUUUGUUCCUCAGUUAUUCGGGAGGCAACUUGAAUCCAGAAGAAGCAGAGUAUCAGUACUGCCGCAACAAUUUGAAACCCUAUGGUCACUUCUUCCUAGCGCUGCUGACAAAUCUCAUGAUCUAUCCCAUCAUAGCCCAACAAUGGACCCCGCAGUCGGAAUUCACCAUUAUAGCGUUUAUACUGACGCUGACAACGCUCUUGAACUUCACGUGGAAAGAUAGCUCAAGGUUUCCGGACUUCCUGGCGCUAUUCAGCUUUGCUGUACACGUCUUGGCCAAAUAUCCGUAUGAAACUGAUAUGGUCGUCGCUCAGGGUUGGAGAUUCAUUGACAUACGAGUACCGACGUUCGCAUCCUACGUUGUGGGCAAUGGCAUUGAGUUUUGCCUAAACUUUCGCGCUGUGUUUUAUCUCCUAAUUCCUGCCGUGUUUGCCAAAAUGGCAGCCAGGGACGGCUGGCGUGGUACUUACAAAACUCUCAUUCCUCACUGCGUCACACUAAGCUGGUGGCAAAUCGCCAUACUCAGUUCCCAAGGCGCGACUUGGUACGGUUUGAUCAGAGGAGCUCUGGCGAUAGUCGGGAUGGUUCUCUUUGUUCCUAUUGCAGGAAUCGCGUCCAUUGCUCUGCCAAUUGUUGCGGCAGCCAAAUAUCUGCCGGAAGGUGAUCUUCUGUUGAGAGCAGGUAUCACCACCGCUCUGGGAAUUCUGCCAUUUCUAAUAUCGUGGUAUGUCAAGAAAACACGAAGUCAGCGAUACAACAAAAUCAUGACUUUUACACAGAUCACAAUGGGAAUUGCUGCUGGACUCUGGCUCGGUUGGUCGGUCAUCGCGGGUAACAAACGCGAGUUGGAAUCAGCCAUGUACGAACCGAUGCCGACAUUGUCAUGGGAACAGUAUCAGAAUUAUUGUCACCAACCAGCUUGGGAAGAGUCGUCGUCUCUGGCGCAGGUACAAGUGAAAUGCGCACAUUUGAAAGGUGUCUCCGUGUCAUGGGAGGGAUAUGUGACAAAAGUAAAACUCAAAUCUAUAAAAAACAAUCUGGAAAAAGUAUUCAACAAGUUACCAGAUGCGAUAAGAAUACCAUUGACUUGUUCUUAUGGAGAAGCUUACGAAGAUAAUUGUACCACGGGUGACGAAUUGAGAAAACAGAACUGCCGGACUUUGUUAAACAUUCAGAAAAGACUAAACAAAUGUCACUUGUCUGCGUGGAAUAAAUACGAAUUUGAGAUCUCAGUAAAAAUAAAAAGUGGUAUUUGGGGCAGCAAUGGCGAGCUAAUUCUGAUUGCCGAUCAUUCCUUCACUAAUUUUAGCCUGAACAUUUACUCUGGGGAUAAAAUAUGGUUUGUCGGUAAGCUGACUAACACUGAAUUUGAGGGUGAAUCUUUGCUUGGUGGCAACCGACCACACUUACAAUUGGAAGAAGUUGGCUGCCACGUUUGUCAUACGACCAAGCUAAAGCCGUUUAGACGGUACAUAUAUCAAGUGACAUUUACAUCUGUAAUGAAAGACAUUUAUCUUGGUGUUAAAUCCGUGCUGAAUUUCUUCUUAAAUCCGUUAGUCAUUUUUAAAUAAAAUACGUAAUGAUCAAAAAACAAACACAUACAAAAUUACACCUUGCUCUAGUCUCUGUGCAACUUGUCAAAGUCAUUGAAAUCGUACAGUCUCAUUAAAUUACGAAAGAUGUAAGAUGAUGCUUCAAAUUUUCAAAAAGGUGUAAAAUUUAGCGUACUACCAAGUACAAAAUUAAGUAAAUGACCUUUUAUACACCAGAAUGGAUCGAAACAUGAAAAACAAAAGACAAAAAUAUUUCAAUGUAAUAAUGAUAAUAGUUUUAAAAAAUGGAGAAACCAUUUUUCCAUAUUCGUGAUUACAUACUCAUGUUAGUUAGUGUUAUGCUGUUCGUUUUCUCAGGCCAGUAACUUCGGGAUGAAAAUGAAUCACUUCCCUAUUCCUCGCACGGACCAAAUAUUGUUGUUGUUAACUCUAAAACAAACGACCAUGACGAAUUACAAUGAGAGGACAAUUUACCUAAAGAUUUUUUGGCAAUGAAUAUACAUAUGUAUGUACACAUAAAAAGUAAUGUUUGCGCUAAAUCGCCCUUACAUUUACAAAUAUCUGGUAAAUAUAAUCGUUGCCAAAUUUACAAUAGCUUGGAGAUAAAAUUUAUCAUAUUAACAAGGAACCUCAGUUUGGUAUCCCCCUGCGAUUUCUUUGCAACUCAUGUAUGUUGUAGAAAAUUCAAAAUUAAGAGAUUAGUAUUUUUGCUAUCGGUGCAAAACCGGUUCAAAGGGAUGAAAACAACUCUUAAAGAUGUAUUUGAAGGGAAGCAAUGCUACAAUCUUUCAUUCAUCAAUAUAAACGUUUCAGUGUUGGUUUCAUUCACAUACAUCAAGCGCAUCGAGAAAUCACCUCGCUGGAUGCACACACUGGGUGUUGUAAUCACCUCUUGAAACCGCUUUUGCACGAAUAAAAAAAUCAUACGUGUCUAGUUAUCAAUGUUCUAUAACAUGCCUGAGUUACAACGAAUUUGAAAGGGGACACCAAACUGGUGAACAUUGUAAAUGUUAAUCCCUAUGUUUUCAUGGGGGCAUGAAUAAACGUAACUAUACGUAGAAUCAAUAUCUAAAAUAUAAGAGCUAAAAUCAUACAUUCAUGAGUAGCAUAUCGCUGUUUUUCUUUUUCCAUUUCAAAAUUCUAUCAAGUAUCGCGAUACCACCUUUAAUGCGUGUUAUCAAAAACUCUACAGAAGCUUAGUGCGGUCGCGUCUUACCGAAUAAUCGGUACCACAAAAAGAUACAAAAAAUAUAUUUAUACAGAUAGAAAAACGCGAAAAAUGUAUGUAUACACAUUAUAUUAUGUAUGUAUAAACAUAGAUAUAAACGUACGUUACCAUGAGAAACUUAGAUGCUUAGAUGUAGAUUAAAUCAAGGAUAUUGUUAUUAGAUCGAGAAAAAAAGAAGAACGUAAAAUAAGGUAACGAAACUUUGUAAUAUAUGUAUAUUUUAGAUUGGAUGUA